AUGACUUUCCUACUCCUUCUUUCUCUUCCUCUGCUGUCCCUCGCAGUUCAAGUCAAAAACCUGGUCACCUUUGGAGACAGCUACACGGACAUUGUCCCCGUGCGUGAUAGGGGAGCAGCGUGGCCAGUCUAUGCAGCGGGGUACGCCAACCUCACGUUGUACCCGUUUGCACGCUCUGGAGCAACGUGCUCCAACAACUUGACGCCCCGACUGUUUCCGUCGAUAUUCGAAGGCCAACUUCCAUUGUAUUUCGCGGAAAAACACAAUGGCUCGAUCGAGGUGAACGCGGAGGAGACACUGUACACACUGUGGAUUGGGACUAAUGACGUGGGAGUGGGUUCAUUGGUGACAGGGAGCAAUGACGCGUCGAUCGUGGAUGUAGCGGGGUGUAUGGUCAAUUGGGUGAAGGUGCUGUACGAGGACGGGGCGAGGAACUUUUUAGUCCAGAAUAUGGUGCCGCUGAACGAGGUGAUUCUAUACGCGCCAGACUCGUACCCAAACUUGUACUUUAGCGGGGCGCGGAACACGUCAGAGUGGAGCGUGUUUAUGCGCGAGCUGGUGCUGAGUGGGAACGCAUUGUCCCGAGCGAUGCUGCAGGCAUUGGUGCCCGACGUGCCGGGUGCUCAUAUCGGGAUCUUUGACUCACACGGGCUAUUCCAGGAUAUGCAUGAUAACCCAGUAGCGUACUUGAACGGGACAGCGCCACUGAAUGUGACGGGUGCGGUGGUGUCGUGUGUAUUUCCGGAGGGAGGUGGGACUCCUGUCUGCACGACGGCGCAGGGGACAGAUCAGGACAGUUUCCUGUGGUACGAUGAGCUGUAUCCGAGUGAGCAGGCGAAUAGAAUCGUGGCGAGGGAGAUUGCCUCGGUCGCCAGAGGGGAAGAGAAUAAAUGGACGACCUGGAUUGUAUGA